AGACUUAGACCGAAGAAGCCAAUGUUCAGACUUACCAUCUGCGCCACACUCCUCGCCUUCACCGCCGCUCAGGUGCCAGUGGCUCCACUGUACUCUGCGUGCAGUGCCGCUGUUCCAUGUGCCGCACCGGCUGUCUGCCAGGCUUCCGUCUGCAUUCCAACUGCUGCUGCUCCACCAAUGAUGAUGGCUCCACCAGCACCACUCCCAGCAUACGCUCCAGCUCCACUUCCAGCAUAUGCUCCAGCUCCACUCCCAGCUCCAGUCUUCGCUGCUCCAGCUCCAGCUCCAGUCUUCGCCGCUCCAUUCGCCGCUCCACCAGCACCAGUGAUCGCUGCUCAACCAGCUCUCGGAUGUGCUGCCCCAUGCCUCGGAGCCGCUCAAUGCGUCGCCGGAGCCUGCGCCUGCGCCAACCCAGCCGUCGUCUACUCGCCAGUCAUCGGAUGCCAGCCAGCUAUCCCAGUUGCGCCAGCUCCAGUUGUCGCCGGACGUCUCAUCCCACAAGCCCUCCCAGGAUCCCCAUGUGAGCCAGGAGUCGAGUGCACCGGAGGAUCGGUCUGCUCCGUCGGUGUCUGCCUCUGCCCACCAGAGCUCAUCCAGGAAGGAACCGUCUGCGUUGCCCGCACCAUCUACGGAGUCGUCCCACCACCAGUCAUCCCAGUUGCCCCAGUCAUCCCAGUUGCCCUUGGAGCCCCAUGUGCCGCUCCAGUCGCUCCAGUCUACGCCUCAGCUGCCCCAGCCUGUGUCCCAGGAGCUGUAUGCUCUGCUGGAGUCUGCCAGUGCGCCGGAGCCUACGAGCCACUCCAGGGAGCCUGCGUCCGCAGACGUCUCUAAGAAGUUAUUCAUUAAUAGUAUCCAGUAAUCCCCCCAAAACAAAACCCAACGGGCUUUCAAGAAAAAUCACAAAGAUACUUAAGUAUAGUAUCCUGGAUACCACUACACUCUCUCUCUCCAUUUUCCAAUUUCCACCUGUUCGACAGUAUUUCCCUUUUUCCUUUUUGUCUGUACAUCCUGACACACUUUAUAUAUAAUCGUAUUUAUCAUUAUUCUGAAUAAAAUCAUUUUUUGUUC